AUGGCUCCCUCGUACGGCCUGCGCCUGUCGGCCGCGUAUCUGGCCUUCGUCUCGACGGUCGCCCCGGCUCUCGCCGACAACAUCUUGUCCAGCUCGGCGGCUGCCUGCACGCGUCAAAUCACGGCCAAGACCGGCGACUCGUGCGUCUCUGUGUCGCAGGCCAACAGCAUCACCGUGACGCAGUUCCUGCAGUUCAACCCGGCCGUGACCAGCUGCGCGUUGAGCGCGGGCCAGGCGUACUGCGUCAGCACAGACCCGGCCCUGGGCUCGCCCCUGCCGCCGCCGCCCGUCUCAUCUCCGUCGACCCCGUCAUCGUCCACGCCGACACCCAUCCAGCCGGCCGCCCCGUCUGGCUCGUCUGUCUCGUCUGGCUCGUCUGGACUUAUCCCGAGCCCGGACGGCAGCGACGGCAUCUGUGGCGGCCAGUACACGUGUCUCGGGUCCGUCUAUGGCGAGUGCUGCUCGGCCAACGGCUACUGCGGCAGCACGGCCGACUACUGCGGCGAAGGCUGCAACCCCGCGUACGGCCAGUGCGGCGUCUGCCCGGCGGUCGAGCCCGGCGCGGCCACGGCCACUGUGACGGCCUUUUUCACCACCACGUCCAUUCUGGUCAGCACCGUGACGGCCGGCCCGACUGUGACCGUCACACACACCAUCACCGCCACGCUGCCGCCGGUCCCGACCACGAGCAAGCCGCCCGCUGUCAGCACGCCCAGCCCUACGCUCCCCGGCGCCCCCCGCAACUGCCAGCGCUGGUACCUGGUGCGGGCCACGGACAACUGCCGGCGCAUUGCACUGACAUACGGCACGACACAGAACCAGAUUGUCGCCUGGAACCCGAAUUUCGAUUGCGACGACAUCGAGGACAUGGCUGGAAACUACAUUUGCGUGGGCGUGCAGUCGGCCAUUGGCGCGACCAUUGGCAUAGGCAAUCCCUUUGGUGGCUUGUAA